AUGGGCAGGAAAGAAGCUGAGGCAUUGGUUCCGGAGGGGUUCGUUACCUCCAAAAUCGUUUAUAUGACUGGAUUUUGGGCCGAGGCCUUGCUCUACGGUGAGCGUGGAAAUAAGCUUGCACCGAAUUUUGGGACGCUAAGUUCUACCAGGGAUAUAUUUUUGUCUCUUCGUCGCGGCGCUCAACAUCAUGCUGCGAAAGCGGACGCUCCACACUUUCUCCUCGAGGGUCUUCCUCGUGGGUAUCGUGGUCAUGUUCGUACUCAUCACUUUACACAACUCAUGAUCGAAGGAUAUGCGUACCAGACGUCCCUCGAAUCACCCGUUCAUUUCAUGCGAAAUACGACGAAUUGGGCGAGGUACUCGUUUCCAGUUAUUCUAGCUCUCGUUAUAUGGAUCGGCGACGCGCUCGUGAUCUAUCGAUGCUUCAUCAUCUGGCAAAGGAACUACUACGCCAUCCUCUUACCGUUGGUCCUGCUACUUGCCAGCAUCUCGUUCCAUUCCGUCAACCUUUGGUGGUUCGGCAAUCCGACGGCACGGUCGCUUGAAGACAUGCGACCAAUCAUGUCGACUACGUUUCCGCUCCAUUUCGCUCAGAAUGUCGUUACAACCGGUAUGAUUGCUUUCAAGCUUUGGCAGCACCAUAGGCGAACUCGACGUGUUGCACUGUCUGAUUCCAACUACAGUGAGCACAACCCUCCUUCGAAAUCGUUGAUUCCUUCGUGGCUUCACGGAGGAGAAAAUGAUGUCGAGAACCAGCGCACGGGGCACAGCAAUAUGCCCGUUGUGACCACGGUUACGGAGGAACACCGAAUGGACGAUAUUUCCCAUACCAUCAAGCUCCCCGAUCAUAGUAGGCGCUCCCGUGUUGGCGCCUCUGACAGCAGUUCGUCACCUAAUGAGCGGGACGAUGACCGGAAGGUGCCAGUGGACUUGUAG